GUCAAAAGAUUGCUCCGACCAUCCCGUGACGGCGAUCCUCAGAGGUCCUUUGACGAGGAUAGACGAGCUAUAUCCGAGACUCCAACGGAAAGGCAGCUCACUCGUCCGGACUGCUUCACACGGGGAAGACAAAGACCGAGAUGACGUUGCAUGAUAUCAUUCCCCAGCCGACGCAUCCCCAAACCAUGCGAUGCCCUCCCCUCACCAUAUAUCUACAUCAAUCCUCGCUGCCGCCGGUCUUGGCACCGUGAACCCCUUCCCUCAUCACCACUCUGACAUCUGAACACAAUCGAAUCAAACCUAGCUCUGAAGCAGAUAAUAACAAAUGUACAACCCCAACGAACGCGGCAUCCGCAACCCCAACGCCCAAGCCACGGUCGGCGCCACAGCCACUGGCCAAGGCGGGCUGACCUACGGCCAAUCCGCCGCCUCGGGCCCAGCUCCGACAACAGCAGGCCAUCACCGACACGACAUCCUCAACAAACUGGACCCGCGCGUCGACAGCACUCACGACCGCCAGCCCAUGUCCCAAACCGCCUCCUCGGUCCCCCAAGGCACCUACGGUCCGCACUCGUCUCGCAUCGCCAACGCCCUCGACCCGCGAGUCGACUCUGACCUCGACAGCACCCGCGCUGCAGGCCAUGGCGCCGGAGGUGGACUCGCGGGACCCGCUCAUCCCGCACCACGUGCAGCCAUGCACGGCGCUGUCGGCAGUGGCGGUGGCGCGGCCGAGGGGACAUACGGUCUACACUCGACCCGCAUGGGCAACGCUUUAGAUCCCCGCGUUGACUCGGACGGGGACCGGCACGUCGGGCCAGGCGCGACACACGCGCCCGGUGGUGCGUUCGGCGGCGGCGGUGACAGUUCGACGACGGCCGCUGCUGGCGCGGGGCCGUGGAAGUCGAAUACGCUGAAUAAGCUUGACCCGAGGGUCGAUAGUACGACGGGAGCUUGAAAGGGCGGUUCUGGCAGCAGGGGGAUGUAUUAAGGGGGUUGAAGGUGAUCAAAAGGAACGAAAUUGUAGGCAGAUUGAGAACGGGAAGAAGGAUUGGAGGGAAUGAAUGAUACCAAGUUGUUAUUUCCUUGGGUUGGAUGACUUUGGAUUUGUCAUAGGACUUGUUUGCCAUGUUCGCGGUUUCUUUCCUGUCAAAAGAAAACGAUUGAAACAAAUGUAACGUUAGCAGCCUGAUGAUUGAUUGAGAACGAAUCCAAAUAUCUUCCGGGCAUAAC